AUGGCUCCAUCUGCGGUCACUUCUCCCGGCAACGCUGUGCUAUUAGCGAAGGUGACUAACAACACUCACCCACUAUGGUGGAGAGACCCGGGUCUACGAAGUCUCAACAUCCUUCUCUUGUCGUGUUUUCUCGGCUCCAUAGCAAACGGCUAUGAUGUCUCUCUCAUCUCUGGACUCGAGGCGAUUCCCCGCUGGUUCGAAGACAUAUCUGGAGCCAAGAAUGUCAACACUCUUGGGCUCCUUAUCGCGGCCUACUCCUUUGGCGGCGUUGUCUCUUUCUUUCCAGCACCCUGGGUGGCUGAUAAGCUGGGUCGUCGGUGGGGGAUAAUAAUUGGAGACGUGGGCAUAAUCGUGGCCGUCAUCGGGCAGUGCUUCUGCAAGACGGCCGUCCAGUUCCUCGGCACCCGCCUCGUACUCGGCUUCUUUUCUCUCUUCAACUCCAUCAGUUCAACAGCGCUUCUCUCAGAGCUUGCCCACCCCCGCCAGCGAGCUAUCGUCGGUGCCCUCUUUAACACCUUUUUCUUUGUAGGCGCCAUCACGGCUGCUUGGACAUCCUUUGGGAGCCACAGUAUCGACAACAGCUGGUCAUGGAGGACGCCUGUCAUUACACAGCUCUUUUGGACGAGUGUGCAGCUUGUGUUUGUCCUAUUUACUCCAGAGUCUCCGCGUUGGUUGGUAAAUAAUCAGCGGCUCGACGAGGCUAAAAGCACCUUAGCCAAGUAUCACGCCAAUGGUGAUGAGACUGACGAACUCGUCAUUGUCGAGUUUUCCGAGAUUUGCGCCUCAGUCGAGCUUUCCAAGAGCUCAAAGGUGACUUGGGCAUCUUUGUUUGCUACCCCUGGCAACCGGAGGAGAGUUUUCAUCUGUCUCGGGCUCGGUCUCGCUACGCAGUGGGUUGGUAAUGGCAUUAUUAGCUACUAUUUUGCACCGGUGCUUGAGACGGUCGGCAUCUCCAAUCCAACUCAACAGCAGGGCAUCAACGGUGGUUUGCAGAUUUACAACUGGUUUUUGUCAAUUGCCGGAGCGAUGCUAGCUGAAAGGGCUGGGCUCUUCGCUAACACAGGAAAUUCCUCUUCCGGUACAGCGGUUAUCGUGUUCCUGUUCCUGUUCUUAGGCGGCUACGUUAUCGGCUUCACACCAAUCCCUAUUUUAUACGUCAACGAGAUUUGGCCGACAGAACUUCGGGCCAAGGGCGGAUCCGUGUAUUGGCUCUCGCAAACGUUAGCAGUUUGCUUCAACCAGUAUGUGAAUCCCAUUGCCCUCCGUGAGAUUCAAUGGCGAUACUACUUUGUCUACGUCGGCGUUCUGAUUGCCGUCAUAAUUUUUGUUUACUUCUUUGUUCCCGAGACGAAGGGGAGUUCCUUGGAGGAGGUCGCGGGUAUUUUUGACAAGGAGUAUGCGGUGGCAGUGUCCCAGCCUCUCAGCAACGCAUUGAGAAAGGAGGAGACUGAGGUAGCAACCGUUGAAAACGCACCUUGA